GUGACAAUAACAACAAAACCGUCUGACAUCUCUGCUGUUAUUGCCUAAUGUGAGGAAGAUCUGAUCUUGAGAAUCUAACAUUUUGUAGAUUAAGGAAAACCAGUAAAAGUCCUCUGUGACAUCAUGGCCCAGCAGAGAGGAGUCAACAGUCUGCAGUUCAACCAGGACCAGAGUUGUUUCUGCUGUGCCAUGGAGACAGGUGUUCGCAUUUAUAAUGUGGAACCUCUAAUGGAAAAGGGGCAUUUAGACCAUGAGCAGGUGGGCAGCAUUGCCUUGUGUUCAAUGCUUCAUCGAUCAAACUUACUUGCCGUUGUGGGAGGCGGAGUCAAUCCUAAAUUCUCUGACAUCUCAGUAUUAAUAUGGGACGAUGCCCAGGAAGUGCGAGACCCCAAAGACAAACUUGUGCUUGAGUUCACAUUCACUAAACCAGUUCUGGCCGUGCGGAUGAGACAUGACAAAAUCAUCAUUGUGUUGAAAAAUAGGAUCUAUGUUUAUAGUUUCCCAGACAACCCUGUCAAGCUCUUUGAGUUUGACACUCGGGAUAACCCCAAAGGUUUGUGUGACCUUUGCCCUAGUUUGGAAAAGCAGCUGCUGGUUUUCCCUGGACAUAAAUGUGGCAGUUUACAGUUAGUGGAUCUUUCCAACACAAAACCUGGAACCUCUUCUGCUCCGUUCACCAUCAACGCCCAUCAGAGUGAGAUCGCCUGCCUGGCACUGAAUCAGCCUGGCAGUGUGGUGGCCUCCGCUUCUAGGAAGGGUACUCUGAUCCGUCUGUUUGACACUACGACUCGAGAUAAACUAGUGGAACUCCGGAGAGGAACUGACCCUGCAACACUCUACUGCAUUAAUUUCAGCCACGACUCAUCCUUCCUUUGUGCAUCAAGUGACAAGGGAACUGUGCACAUAUUCGCUCUAAAAGACACCAAACUCAACCGUCGCUCUGCCUUGGCACGUGUAGGAAAAGUUGGUCCCGUCAUCGGGCAGUACGUGGACAGUCAGUGGUCUCUGGCUAAUUUCACAGUGCCAGCCGAAUGUGCUUGUAUCUGUGCCUUUGGGAAAAACACUUCCAAAAAUGUCAACUCGGUCAUCGCCAUAUGUGUCGAUGGGACAUUCCACAAGUACGUCUUCACUCCUGAUGGAAACUGCAACCGUGAGGCUUUUGAUGUGUAUUUGGACAUUUGUGACGAUGAUGAUUUCUAAAGCUGGAGAUCUAAGAUUGAUCAGUGGCUUAAUGUAAAAUAGUACUCAAUUUAAUUGACCUCUGCAUGUUCUUGAGUUUAUGUUACUGGCUGGCAUGAUCAAAUGUACAUAAGCUGUCUGUGUAAAGUGAAAUUCUUAUACAUUUCUUAUAAUUCUUAUCAACAAUGUAGAAUUCCAAGGUCUGUGGCUAUGUCAUUGUCUUUAAAAAUGUAUGACUUUUGAACCUUUGAUUUUCCAUCAUUCUUUGGACUGAUAAUGUGAUGUUUGUGUAGUAGGACAGAAUUUAAGGAAUUUAAUUUGUAAAGAUUGAUUGCAUCAAUACAAUCUUUUGAGGUAGAGCUCAUAUAACUGGGUUUUGGGCUUUACUGUGUAUUUUAGGCAUAAAAAAUGCAAAUUUUAAUAUAACAAAUGUUACCUUGGAUCACAAAACUGGUCUUAAGUAGCAUGGGUCAAAAUUAUUGAUUUUUCAUUAGGGUAUUAAGUAAAGAUCAUGUUCCAUGAAGUUAUGUUGUAAAUUUCCUACCUUGAAUAUAUAAAUCUGAUUAACAAUGUAAAUAUUAAAAUUUCGAACAAUUCACCCAUAAAACUGGUUUUGUAGUCCAGGGCCACAUAUAUGUUAUAUAAGUGUUUGUCAACACUACACCCUUAAAUCUGUAGUGAUAUAAUUUCAAGAUUAUGAUUUAUUUCCAGCAAAUGUCAUAAAUAAAAAAUACAUAUGAUUAGA